AUGGCUUCUCUCGCAGUCAAGGCGUUUGAUGAUAUCCUGUGGAAGCAGUGUAUUCAGCCCAACUUGGGAAUACUGCUCUUCGCCCUCUGUGUGUCUUGUAUUCUCUUCCUCCGCCGCUGGCCUAAGAGAACUCUGCCUCCAGGGCCACCGCCUCUCCCCCUUCUAGGGAAUAUACACCAGACUCCUUCCAAGGAUAUGUGGAAAACCUACAAGCAAUGGCACGACAAAUACGGACCCAUCAUCAGCAUGCAAUACGGACAGAAGACCGUCGUCAGCAUCGGCUCUUUCAAGGUCUGCAAGGAUCUCCUCGAUAAACGAAGUACCAGCUAUAGCUCCCGGCCUCAGUUAAUUGUCGCGAAUUACAUGAACAGAGGUCUUCAUUCAGGGUUCCUGCUGUACGGCGAACGUUUGAAAGCGCACCAAGCCCUUCACGCCGUCAUUCUCAAUCCUCGGGUUGUGAAGAGCUAUGGGUAUGUACAGGAUAUCGAGAGCCGACAGCUUUUGCAUGAUAUCCUCCAAUCCAGAGGCCAUGGCUUUCAGGACAUUAUUCACCGGUAUACCUAUUCCGCUGUCUUCACCCUGGCAUACGGAAAACGAUUCGCCAGUGUCGACGAUGAGACUAUUUUGAAGGUCGAUGAAAUGGCGGAGGCUGUUGCUGAGAAUCUUCAAAAGCCUUCGUUUUUAAUCGUCGAGGCGUUCCCUUUCCUCGACCGGCUGCCUCGCCUACUCGCACCGUGGAGGCGAAUGGGAGAUCAUCACUAUGAAGAGACUAGUCAGCUAUUCGAAUCAUUGUUACAGCUUGGACGGUCGACAAGCUCGUGGAACUGGUCCAAGGAACUAUCCAAGUCGAACGAUGAGCGAGAUGCAUUGUCGGAUACGGAACUCGCCUUUGUCCUUGGGACGUUGGUGGAAGGCAACUCGACAGCGGACAAAAUCCUUGAAUUCUUCAUCAUGGCAUGUGUCCUACACCAACCAGAGUUCCAUCAUGCGCAGCGGGAGAUUGACACGGUUGUUGGAACAGACAGACUCCCGGAUUGCAGUGAUGCCCCAGACCUCCCGUAUGUGAAUGCUUUUAUCCAGGAAGUAGUGAGAUGGCGACCCAUAACACCACUGGGCAUUCCACACGCACUAGUGAAAGAUGAUGAAUAUCGCGGUUACCACAUUCCCAAGGGCGCUACCAUCAUGGCCAAUAACUGGGCCAUGGAGCUAGACGAUGAGCUAUUCCCAGAUGCAUCUGAAUUUCGACCGGAGCGAUGGUUGCAAACGCCCAAUCUCCCCACAGCCGCCUUUGGCUUUGGUAAAAGAUCUUGCCCUGGUCAGCAUCUCGGUCGUCGAUCUUUGUUCAUUGUCGUCAGCCGUCUUCUUUGGGGUUUUAAUAUCCAGCACGCUUGUGAUGAGAAUGGUCAAAAAUUUGAGAUUGAUUCUUCAAAGGUCACGCAGAGUUCACUUACAGGCCCUCUGCCUUUCGAGGCCUCCUUCAUAGUGAGAUCGCCAAGGCACCAGGAUAUUAUUGAGAAUCAGUUCUCGAACUCGGAGAAAAAUCCAGAUGCAAUUAUGGAUCAUGUGCAUUCACUGGUCAAAUCUGCCUCAGGCAGGCUGUAG